UCAGAGCCACGCCACUUUGCUUCAAACCAACAACCACACGUUGCUCACAUUUCAUGAGAAAACUCUCAAGAGGUAUCAGUGAAAUUGUUGUUAAGCGCAAUUAUGCCACUGAUCUUCCAACUACUGCUUCUCAUCACAGGUUUUGGAGGAUUUAAUGGUGUUCGGGAUGAAACAAUGUGCACUUUGAAUGCCUGCUACACUGUAUAUAUGGAGAAGGUGAGCUUUGACAAGGCCAAUCAGCGCUGUUUCCACAAUGGAGGUUACCUGAUGACACUAAGAAAUAAAGAAGAAGAAGAAAUUCUGCAUUCUCUCCUCUUGCUGAUCCAGAAGAACAACAGCCAACAAUUUUGGAUUGGAUUAAAGCUGCACAGAGGAGACUGUGUGUUGGCUGACAAGCCCUUAAGAGGCUUCAAGUGGGUGUCUGGGGAAGCAGAUUCCCAAUACUCCAACUGGAAUAAAGACCCCGUGGACACAUGCACAGAGCGAUGUGUACGGGUUAGUUACAACUCCCCUGAUGAGGAUCAGCUGACAUGGACUGCCGGAGCUUGCAAAGGUCCUUUGUUUUCCGUGUGUAAGUUUUACUUUAAAGGAAUGUGCAGUGCUCUGCAUCUUUUGGGCUCUGGAUACAUAUCGUACAUGGCUCCUUUCUCUGAGGACCCACUGGAAAGUGAGAUGAAAUCCUUGCCACUUGGAACAUAUGCUAAAGUCUCGUGCACUGACCAGCAGGAACACUUUUCUGUGUGCAUCCAGAAGAAUGAAAUAUAUCAGUGGACUGUACCUGGUCCAUUUUGCCAACCAGAAAAUGUUAAAUGCGCACAGAACAAUGGUGGGUGUGAACAUAUCUGCCAGCAGGACUCCGAUCAGGUAAAAUGCAUUUGUAACCAAGGUUAUGAUCUUGAGGACAAUGGACUCUCCUGUAAGAUACAAGAUGUGUGCACCAGUGACACCUGUGAGUAUGAGUGCAUCGUGGGAGAGUUGGAACAUAUCUGCAUUUGCCCCAUUGGGUUUGAAUUGGACGCAAACCUGCACAACUGUUCUGACAUUGAUGAGUGCCAAGAGUCAGACGCAUGCAGCACCCACUUUUGUAUUAACACAGCAGGAAGUUACAUGUGCGCAUGUCGGGAAGGCUUCAGAAUGAAUCAGGGUAACUGUCACGAUCUGGACGAGUGUGUGCAUUCCAAAUGUUCACAAAGCUGUUUAAAUACUAUUGGUUCAUUCUCUUGCUGCUGUGAAAAAGGCUUUACUUUAUCAGAGGACGGCUACUCAUGUGAGGACAUCAAUGAAUGUGCUACUGUGCGUUGUCCUCUCAAAUGCAUCAAUACUGAAGGAAGCUUCAUCUGUGGAUGCCCAGAGGGCUUUCAUGUGCAUAGCACUGGAACAAAGUGCACUCCAGAUGUGACGGAUGCAAGAGGAUAUGAGUCAGUGGGCCAGGAAACACCAGGAAACAUCACUGAGACUGUACCCAUGACAACAGGGGAGCCCCAGACAAUAUCCACACCCAAGGAUAUGCCCGUUCCACUCACUCCAAGCAACACAUCCUUGUAUGCAAGUGCCAAGGUGGUAAACUCCAGGGUGCUGAUCUGUGUACUCGGCUCAGUGAUUCCUUUGCUGCUUUUAGUCACUGUGACAUUAACGAUUGCCGUUGUGCGAUGUCGGCGAUUGAGAAAGGAAGCAAAGAAAAGUGCAACAGACAGUUAUUGUUGGGUUUCCUCUGGUUUCAAUCCACGCUUAGAAAAACUAUAUGAAUCCAUCUUGACUGACGAUUUAUGACUUGAUG